AUGCAAAGUCAACAAGCGACGGUAGAAGACUCGCAGCUCGGGUUGGAAACCCCGGAGAAGUAUGAACAGCAUUGUAUACUGUUUCCCACGUAUGCUACUAAACACGCGGACGAUGGUAGUUUAUCUGAUGAUUGGAAUAUAUGCGUUCGUGGUUGGGCGUUUUCAUCUCCAAAAAAUAGCAGAUCUCUUAGUCUAUUUUUAAACUUAACAUCGAAAGUAAAGGGUCUGAAGAAGGACGAUGCAACGUACGAAAUGUUACAAUCACGCAUUUCCCUUUUUUGGGCCAGCAACAUGACCGAAGGAGAGUUUACUGUUCAGACUAUCGGAAUUACUGAAUCAAAUAAAAUGGCUAUCGAGGGUGAUCCAAAUGAUCCUGUUGAAGAUGAAAACGGUGACGGUGAUUUUGAUAUCGGAGAUAUAAUAGGAAACCCUGGAAAGAUAUUUGGGAAUGCUGGGAAAAUAAUAGAGAACACAGGAAAAAUUAAUCUAUUAAAACAUCCCGUCAAUGAAAUAAAGAGUACAAAGAUAUCUUGUAAAGGUGGCCAAUUCACGGGUACCAUUGCUAUUCCUCAAUCUACUAUCAAGAAAUGGCUUCAAGAGGAAGAAAGUAAACAAUCCUUGUUUACGUCAUAUUCCAACAAGAAACCAAAGGUGCGAUUGAUCAAAAUUCAAGCUUAUGAUGCUAAAAUUUCUCAACCUGCACACGGUGUAGUCAACCUGAUUGGGUCGGAUGGGAUAUCAGUGAUUUCUGAUAUAGAUGACACAAUUAAAGAAACCGACGUCAUGGAUGGUGUGGGGAGAGUCCUCACAAACACGUUCUUGCAACCCACUAAAGCCGUUGACGGCAUGGCCGAUGUGUACCGUAGCUGGUACGAGAAAGGCGUUGCAAUUCACUACGUCUCCAAUUCGCCCUGGCAACUGUUCCCAAUGCUGCGUCAUUUUUUCAAAGAGCACAACUUUCCUCCGGGAUCAGCUCACCUUAAGUUUUAUGAUGGUCUUAUAAAAAGUGCUCGAGAACAAAAAGAAAAUCCGAUGGCUAGCAAAUUCAUGUAUAUUAGAGAGUUACUCAAAAACUUCCCCCGACGAAAAUUUAUCUUAAUUGGAGAUUCUGGAGAAUUGGACCCAGAGAUAUAUACUAGAAUCGCUCGUGAACAUCCAGAUAGAAUACUUCGAAUUUUCAUUCGAGACGUAUCGACUAAACACGUUAAAGACCUGCCAGUCCAACAGUCAAAGUAUUCGUAUGUUUAUACAUUCCCAUCAAUGGUGAGGAGUCUCAAAUCCUACUACCAAAAUAAUGGAAACGAGAACAAGGCUGUUGAGAAGAAUGACAACCUUAAUGAGGAAGCGACACCAACAAAAAUUGUAGAUAGUCCUAUAGCUGACGAGAAUUCUAGUCGGUCAGUGAAGUCACAGUCAUCGUUACUCGAAAAACUGCGAUCGGAUUUGUUAUAUUUAAGCCGAACAUCAACGCCGGGUUCGUCGCAUGCUCCAAGAGCACCGUCAAGCGCAAAUGUACAAUCGCCUACUGAAGAUUCGGUGACUAACGAACCUAACGCUGAUUUGAGUAGUUCUGGCUCCGGUGAAUCGCUUUCUAAAUCUACUUCUGAUUCUGACAAGCCUACCUCUGGUUCGGAUAAGCCUGCCUCUGAACAACUAAAGACUCCUUUGGAAGUGUUUCAUGAUCGUAUCGCUAAUUUGACAGCUGGACUCCCGGAGGGAUUAUUUUCAUUAUUUGAUCAAGCUAGUGAAUUAGACAGUGAUGUUAUUGUCGCUGAAGCCACAAAGAGAAACACCACGUUGUAA